CUGAGCUUGGCCUAACACCGGUCAAACACAAACUUAGUGUAGGUUUCAUUUAAUAAAUGUUUUAAAAAGAAAUUUCAACAUGAAAUUAGUAAAGUUUUUGAUGAAACUUAGCCAUGAAACAGUUACUAUUGAAUUGAAGAACGGUACCCAGGUUCAUGGAACCAUAACAGGUGUCGACGUAGCUAUGAAUACCCAUUUAAAAGCUGUGAAAAUGACAAUUAAAAAUAGAGAUCCUGUUCAGUUGGAUACAUUAAGUAUUAGGGGCAAUAACAUACGCUAUUACAUUUUACCUGACUCAUUACCACUAGAAACCUUGUUGAUAGAUGACACACCUAAAGCUAAAGCCAAGAAGAAGGAUUCAUCUCGAGGUGGAGCACCUCGAGGAAGAGGUAGAGGUCGUGGAGGAAGGGGGCGAGGGAGGGGAAGAGGCAGAGCUCGACGCUGAUAAAGAAAAAUACUUUUUUCAAUUUUUUGUAUCUCAGUUUUGUGAUUUUUUUUUUUUUUUUUACCGUGAGUGUGAACUAAUUUUAAAACAUUAGUUUAUCAAAGUAAAACUGUAAAUGUCAAACAUGAACAUACACUUUUAAAAAUAAAGUUCUGAAUUCAUACGUUA